AUGUGGACUUUGACGUGUCAACAGUUUAUUGCCCUAAUGCUCCUCGGCACUUUGGUGCCCAGUGAGUCUUUUUUCUGCAAGCAUUGCUUCAGGAAAAAUAUUGAAAAGGUUCACGAAUCGUUUAGGGACAUUCUAAGUCCUCCGAUAUUUGGUGUAAACCCACAGCCAUUGAUUGAAGUGCAGCAAACAAAGGUGACCCCAAAACCAGAGUCUUCACAAGUGAUUCACGUGCAUCAACCACAAGUGAUACUUAAGCCAAUCUACUAUCCAAAAGUCGAUACUAUUUCUACGAAAAAUCAGAUAGGAAUACAUGGGUCGCUAUCGCCGUACCGUCAGUAUCCAUCCCUGCCGUCAGCCAAUUUACUUGGACUUCCAAAUCAACAACUACUUAGUCCACAGGAGUUGCUCUCAGACAAAGUACAGAAACAGACGCAGGUUCAGAACAAUAACUUGCAUAUUAGAUUAGGUGUGACAGGACUAAGAGAAGGAAGAAAUAAUCCUAGUUUGGAAACGAUUCCUCGGGAUAGAGUAGAUAAAAUUUCACCAGAAUUGCAGUUGCAACUGUUGAGAUAUGCAGACUCUCAGUCCCAGUCGCAGUCACAAUCUGCCUCACAAUCUGAAUCAAAUGCAUCUUCACAGUCCCAGGCACAGGUGCAAAACAAUCGACUGUUGGAAAACCCAACUGUUUCAGAAUCCCAGCAAAAUGCGGAGUCACAAUCAGAGACACAGUCACAGUCACAGUCCGAAUCACAGAAUCAGUCACAGUCACAGUCGCAGGCACAGCGACAGCAACAGAUACAGACACAAUUGCAAAUACUGCGACAGUUGCAACAAAAAUCAAAUGAGCAAUCUGCCGCACAAUCUGCUUCUCAGAUCCAAUCGCAGAGGCAAUCUGAUUCUCAAUCGAACUUACAAUUACAAGAACAAUCACAAUCGCAGUCAGAGCAAGGUAAGCAAAUCCAGUCACAGAUUCAAAUUCUUCAAGGGCUGCAGCAAAAAGAGUUAGAUGACAAAUCUGCAUCACAGUCGCAGUCCGAAUCCACGACACGGCUAGAGCGACAAAAACAGUUGCAUUUGCAACUACUGCGAGAGGCGCAACAGAAACAACUUGAGGAGCUAUCGUCUUCACUAUCUCAGUCACGGCUAGGGCUGGGGCAGCGAAUCCAGUCACAGCUACAAAAGAACCAGUUGGAUAAGCAACUCGCUUCACAGUUCCAGUCACAAUCCAAGUCACAGCUGGAGCAACAAAUACAAUUGCAAUUACAAAGCCUUCGGGAACUGCAGCAAAAACAAUUAGAUGAGCAAUAUGCUCCUAAGUCAAAGUCACAGUUACAGGUAGCGGAACAGAUGCAGUCACUUUUGCAACUUCUUCGAUUUCUGAACUCCAGAUUGAAGACGCAGUCAGCACUGAAAUCAGACUUAGAAAAACAAAUCCUUUUGCAAUUAAAGAAACUUAGAGAAGUGCAACAGAAACAGUUGGCUGAGCAACCUACCGUACGACCCAGUUCAAAAUCACAGUCGCCUGGGCAGCUGGAGCAGCAAAUUCUUUUACAGCUGCUUCUACAGUUUCAGCAGAAUCAGCUAAAAUCAGAUGCUCAAGCCCAGAGCCAGUUGCAAGAGUCAAAAUCCAACUCACUGUCACAGUCUCAGUCACAGUCACAGUCGCAGGAGCAGUUACAGUUGCAGCGGGAUCAGAAUCUUCGGCAAUUGGAACAAAUAAAGUUGGAAAUGCAAAACAUUCGACAGUUGCUACAGAAGGGCAAGUCUGAGCUACAAACUCAAUCGGACUCCCAGCGACAAAUACAUGAGCUAUACCAAAAUAUUCUGCAGUUAAAUAAGGAAAAGUUGAGCUACCAAUUGAAACAGCUAAAACUAAAAGAGUUGGAAGACCAAAAGAAGUCGCUGGCAGAAAUAUCAAAGGGCAGUAACCCAUCCAAUCUAUAUAUUAUCGGACAAUUGCCUUCCGAAGGAAAGCCAGCUCCUGGAUCUCAAGGGGCUACACUUGAGAGCCAAGUGAAUCAGCCUAAGCUGGUGCCCCAACCCGGGUUACUGGGCAAAUUGCCAUCAGGCGGAGGGCUAAUCGGCAAGCCAGUUUCAACAGGAUUGUAUUUUCUAUCGCCGGAUAUCAAUGAACUGUCGAAUUACCGAGAUCAGCUUCGUCUUCAGCAAGAAAUAAGAAAGCAUCAACAUUUAUUGAGCCUUUUGCAGCGUAGACAAAAUGAUCUUAAAACAGAACAAAACGCACAGCUUUUGCUAGGACAACAACACAAGGAACAAGAAGCUCAGGAAUCAAUCAGUAAACAGCAGUCCUCAUCUGGUGCCUCUAGUUCUCAGACUAAGUUACAGCAAGAUAUACAAAGCGCUGGAUCUCAAGGCUCACAACAGGGUCUUCAAGCUGGAUCCACUGGCUUGCAGACUAGUUCCCUACAAGGCACAGAUAGUUCUGCAUCUCAAAGCGCCGCUCUUCAGCGAUUGAAGGAGCAGGAGCAACUGCGCAUUCAGACGGAAACUGAUCAUAAAACUUCUUCUUCAAGCUCGCAGAGUAACUCACAAAACUCGCAGAGUUCGUCAUCACAGACAUCGCAGGCAUCACAGUCUGGAGCACAACGACAGGAGGCUGACAAUCGAAAUACCUUGCUACUAGAUCAAUCGAGCUCUAAGACUCAGUCGGAGUCAAAGUCCCAGUCGUCGUCUCAAUCAUCGUCUCAUUCAUCGUCGCAGUCAACGUCGAACUCAUCUUCGAGCGUUCAAUCGAAACUACAAGGAGAAAGGCAUGAUGCGCUGCUAAACAAUUUGUCAGGUUAAGUAGUUAUUCUUACACUUUUCACAGUACUGACAAAGGCGAAGAGCAGCCACCAUAGCAGAAUAAAGAGUGGAAAAAUGUA